AUGGCUAGGCUGGUCCAUGUUUACAACCAAACAGAACGCACAGAGGUGUUCUCCAAGUGGAAAGAGAGGUUCGUGAUCAGCGACGAUCUGGUGAUCAAGCCGGCGGCGACGAGGACCGUCUUGUCUUUUCUUCCGGGUUUCUACGGACACAGGAUCAAUGAUGCCUACGAGGUGGAGGUGGACAUCGGAUGGACCCACCCAGGUCAGGUUGUUUCCUUGCUCAAGGCAUGUGCCUCGUCCACCACCAUAUUCACCGAUGUGUUUCUCGUGAAAAGAACUGAUAUUUUGAUGAGCACGUCGGUGCUCACGAUUCACAAGCCUUGGCGUCAAGAAGCCAACGACGACCCUGGUCUGCAGAUGAGCAUCAAGCUUUUCUUCGACAGGGAGGACAGCAAGGUGAUGUACGCCGAGUGCAAGCACGACUUCGUGGACCUGCUCCUCAGUUUCUUGACCUACCCCAUGGGAUGCAUCCUCAAGAACCUGGCCGGCACCUCUCACCGGUUCCGCAGCUUGAACAAUCUUUACAGCAGCGCUGACGGUCUCAACACGUCUGGCUUCCUGACGGGGCAUUGCUUCGGUGACAAGAGCACGCUCCUGGAUCCUAGUCUUGCUCCGUUAAAGACCCACGGCGUCCAUGGGUCGGAACAAGCAAUUGCGGAGUGGUAUAAUCUCUGCCGGACCGGGAAGCGGCAUUGCUCAUGCGCAAAGGAUAAAAGGCCAUGCCAUUUAUGCAGUCCGGGGUUUGUCGACGAUCACACCUAUGUAGUUGACGACGAGCUGCGUAUACAUCAAGCUUCGGCGAUGUCGGUGCUGAAGCACUGGUGCAAGAGAAACCGGGACAAUGUGGUGGAGAUGGACAUUGCUAUCAGCAAACAAGAGGCUGUUGCGCUACUGCGAGCAGUGAUCAAUUCAGAGACCGCGCUGACGGAUGCGUUCAAGGGGAGGUUUCAGCAGGAAGCACAACAGUUGCCACCUUUGAAAAGAAGAACAGGUUCGCCAUCGGUGGAGAAGAUGCAGAUCUUUGUCAAGAUCUUCGCAGGCGAGACCAUCACCCUUGACGUGGCAAGCUCCGACAAGGUCGGUGCCGUCAGAAGUAAGAUCCAGAUGAGGGGGAAGCUAAUGGCUGAUUGUGGCUUAGUGUACGGUGGCAAAUGCCUGCAGGAUCCAUGGACCCUGGCUGAUUGUGGCAUUCACAGAGAAGCCACCAUCCACCUUGAGUUUUACCCCCGAGGUAGCUAG